AUGAACUUUAAGNGAAACUGGACACUGUCCAUUGACAAUACCAGUCCAGGUAAACUGCUGUGGUAUGAACUGAUCCUGUGGGGUACAGCCAAGGACCCACAGCCAGGAGGAGAGAGAGCCUCAGCCAGUGUGUCUCCUUGCUUGAAAGUGCUGGGAAGUAAGCCCAAGGACAAAGGGAAACCAAGUAAUAAAGAUUUCCAGAUAGACUACAAAGUGUGGAUUUUCAUAGGGGUUGUGAUUGCUGGGGCCAUUUUCAUCAUCAUCUUUGUCGUUGUUUACCGCCACUUUAAUAGGAGGGGUGCUCGUGCCAGAAUGAGGAGUCAACUGGAUCGUGAUUGACCUUAAUACCCCAUCACUUCUCAUUUAACAGUACAAGAGUGAAAAUUCUCCCUCCCCAGGUGUGUGCGAGUGACCAUGAAGUGUGUGCAUGUGUGUGUGUGUGUUUGCAUGUGUGUGUUUGCGAAUGGAGAGAAUGAAAUAGGAGGGGGUUUCAGAAAACAUCAGUGUCAGCACUUAGCUGAUCAGCAGCUUGCUGAAGUCUGGUUUAAUAUUCCUAUCUAUCAUAUCUUUAUCCCACUUACAUUUCCAGUUGAGUUUAUGUCUACUGGUAUUUUAGGUACAUCAGGCCCGUAGCUAGCAAUUUCAGAGG